GAGAGUGGGGUGAUAGAGGCAGUAAUCGAGUGUAUAACAGAGCUGUUCGUCGCCUGCUGCCUCAGUAUCACAGCAGCCUGCUCAUACACACACACACACAUACACACACCUCGGUUUCUGGAUAUCAAAGCGGCAAAACCUCAAGACGUGUGUGUCACACACACACGCACAGCGACAUGUGGAUUUAUCCUGGUGUGUGUGGAGCCUGAAGUAUGGACGAUGUUGCCGCCGGAGCGUUGGUGUGAGCGGUAUGGAGACCUGCCGGGGGAGCUGCUGAGCGUGGAGCUGGAGAAGGAGCGCCAGGGGCUGGGUCUCAGUCUGGCAGGAAAUAGGGAUCGUUCCCGCCUCAGCAUCUUUGUGGUGGGACUCCAUCCGGGGGGGCCGGCAGCUCGAGACGGACGCAUUCGGGUGGGAGACGAGCUGCUGGAGAUUAACAACCAGGUUCUUUAUGGGCGGAGUCACCAGAACGCCUCGGCCAUCAUUAAGAGUGCCGCCUCCAAGGUGAAAGUCAUCCUGCUCAGGUAG